AUGCCCGAGAUGUGGUUUUUCUGCAGGAACAAGGCUGUUUUUGCCACUUCGCAGUACGCUGCGUUUCCAGACUGUGAUCGUCGUUCACCUCGGGAUUCUGUUUUGGGCGAAUCUAUCAAGAAAGGCCUCGAAUUGCCUACGAUUGCGUAA